GGCAUCGACAGUAAAAAGUCGCGCGUUUCAGAGUAAUCGUCGUCUCUUUGAAGUCGGACAUGAGUUUGUAAACGCAUUUAGGAGGAAACGGACCCGAAAUCUUCUCGUUUCCGGGGCAUUCGGAUCCUAUCCGUCCGUUCCCGGAAUCUAGGGUUUUGCGUUUGCGAUCUUUAAGAUCCCUUGGGAGUCCGAAGAGGUUCGUUGGAUUUGGAAUUUUGAGUCCGUUUUAGGUUCUGAUUUGACUAGAUAUAGCGAAGCUGGGUUUUAGGCUUCUUCUUCUUCUUUCUUUCUUUCCUUGGGGAGAGAGAGGGUGGCGAUUUGGGGACUUUGAUUUCGGAUCUGUGUUUUGAGUGUUGGAUCUGAUGGCGGAAGACAAUGUGAAAUCGCGAUACGUGAAGCUAACGAAGGAGCAGGAUGCGCCGAUCGAGGAGAUUCAGCCUGGAGAGCUCAAUCAGCCCGUUCAGGUUCCUCAGUUGGCUGGCCGCAGAUGUAAUGAAUGUGGACAACCACUUCCUGAAAGUUAUGCGCCCCCUGCAGAUGAACCUUGGACAACUGGAAUUUUCGGCUGUGCUGAAGAUAAGGAUAGUUGCUGGACUGGACUGUUUUGCCCAUGUGUGUUGUUUGGGCGUAAUGUCGAGAGCUUGAGAGAAGACAUCACCUGGACCAAACCAUGCAUUUGUCAUGCCAUUUGUGUCGAAGGCGGCAUUGCACUAGCAGCCGCAACUGCAGUAUUCCAUGGCAUUGAUCCAAGGACUUCGUUCCUUAUUUGUGAGGGCUUAUUGUUUGCCUGGUGGAUGUGUGGCAUCUAUACUGGUCUCUUUCGGCAAUCUUUACAAAAGAAAUAUCAUCUCAAGAAUUCUCCAUGUGAUCCAUGCAUGGUUCACUGCUGCAUGCACUGGUGUGCCCUCUGUCAAGAGCACCGAGAAAUGAAGGGACGCCUUUCUGAUAACGUCAUCAUGCCCAUGACCAUCAUAAACCCUCCCCCCAUGCAGGAAAUGAACAUGACCGAGAACCGGGUGUCCGCAACCUCCGAGAAUGGCGUGGAACAUACUAAUCUGGAGAUACAGGCGUUAUAGCUCUUUGAAAAAAUGGUUUUGGGGUGUCAGGAAAAUGCAGGUUUUUUCAUACUUUUCUUCUUCUUCUUCUUCUUCUUCUUCUUCUUUUUUGUCAGGAUUGAUAAUUAAUACAGAAGUGAAACUCUGAGAUGCCUGAUUAUAUGUUAGUGUUAAGACGAAGAACAUGACCAUUGGUUAUCAGCUGUGAUGGGCAUACCUUGUUCUGGUUUGGUAAAAAAGAAAACGAAAAAAAAAUGAAAACAGCUAUUUGAGCAAUGAGCUACUA